AUGCUCUUUCGCCGUACAACAAGAAAUAUUCAUUAUCUAUCUAUCUAUCUAUCUAUCUAUCUAUCUAUCUAUCUAUCUAUCUAUCUAUCUCAGUAUGGUCAUUAUCUAUCUAUCUAUCUAUCUAUCUAUUAUUAUAAUCUAUCUAUCUAUUAUGGAUUUGUUCAUUAUCUAUCUAUCUAUCUAUCUAUCUAUCUAUCUAUCUCAGUAUGGUCAUUAUCUAUCUAUCUAUCUAUUAUUAUAAUCUAUCUAUCUAUUAUGGAUUUGUUCAUUAUCUAUCUAUCUAUCUAUCUAUCUAUCUAUCUAUCUAUCUAUCUAUCUAUCACAUUCUGUUUCUAUCUAUCUAUCUAUCUAUCUAUCUAUCUAUCUAUCAUUAUAAUCUAUCUAAGAGAGAUAGAGAGAAAGAAAGAUUUGUUCAUUAUCUAUCUAUCUAUCUAUCUAUCUAUCUAUCUAUCUAUCUAUCUAUCUAUCUCCGUUUGUUUAUUAUCUAUUUAUCUAUCUAAAAUGCAUUCUUUUUUCAUCAAGAAAAUAAUUUUUUCUGAAGUGUGUUUUAGGCCACGACCAGUUGCUAUCUAUCUAUCUAUCUAUCUAUCUAUCUAUCUAUUAGAAGACAGGGAGUCUUUAGUGGUAGCACUGAAAGUUGAAUCUAUCUAUCUAUCUAUCUAUCUAUCUAUCUAUCUCUGUUAA